AUGGACUUCCAACCAGACCUUCCCAUUCCGAUCUCCUAUGUAUCCGGUAGAUACCUGUUGUUCUCAAUUGACGCCGUGACAUACCUGCGACGUGAGCAUCACAUCUGCGGUGUGCUCAUCGGGACACUGCCCCAGAUCCCCCAGCAGAAUGUCUUCCUGGGUCUCCCUCUGCAGCUGAUGCCCGAGGAGGCACGGCUGUUAGUGGACAAGGGUGUAGCUUGCAUCGUAGACGAAGCCAAGGCACACGACGGCAUGAACACCCUCUUAGAAGAGGAUCGCAGACGGUACCUCCGCGACCUCGAAUCCCAGGGCCUGCACGUCUCUCGUAUCCAAUUGGAUCGCAAGGAGCGUAACCGGGAACAGACCUUGAAGAAAAUAGAAGAAAAGAAAGCAAACGCGAAGGCCAAAGCCAAUGCUGCUGCCGCCCAGACACCUACGGCUCCUGAGGAGGCCACUUCCACCCCAUCGCCAAAGAACGCUGCCAUCGUUGACCUCUUCAACGCAGAGGAAUGCUCAUCACUUCCGUCCACCGCCUCGACGAGCACACCCCCUCAGGGCGCAAUGGCCAUUACCCCCGCAACAUCUUACCCGCCUCUUCCCACCCCUCUACCAUCGAGCUACCUUUCAGCACCCGCGGUGCCACCCUCAUAUCCUCUCUUCGCCCACCUCCACUCCAAAGGAUACUUCCUCUCUCCUGGCCUGCGCUUCGGGUGCCAGUACAUGGCCUACCCGGGUGAUCCGCUGCGCUUCCACUCGCACUUCCUCGUGGUGUCCUACGACUGGGACCAAAAUAUGGAUAUAAUGGAUCUCGUUCUCGGCGGCAGACUGGGCACUGGUGUGAAGAAGGGUUUCUUGAUCGGCGGAGCACAAAAGGGAAUCGAUGAGGUCGAUUCAGAGGCUGAUCGUGUGGAUACUGUGCGGGCUUUCAGUCUUGAAUGGGCUGGAAUGUGA